GGAGCUUGCACUUUGCUUUUCGCCUAGCGCGAAUUUGUUCUCUGUUCGAUGUAUUUCUCGUCCAAUCACGCCUCGCCCCGCUGCACCUUUCCGUGGAUUUUUGCCUCAAUGGUGCCUGUUCCUCCGUCUACGCGUCUUCUAGAAGCCCGCACUAGCCAUCGUCAUGCGGCUGCCUUGGCUUCGCUAUACACUUCUUCUUUUUCCCUCUCUGCCUGGCAAGCCGCGGCUCUCCCAACGGCCGCAAGCCUCUGCAGAAUCCCCACAACGGAUAGUCCUCCGUCGACUGACCCCACACUGCAACCUCAUAGCGUGCCGAUCACGCUUCCGUCCUGCCAUUGUGGCAUGAAGAGGCCUUGGCCAGGCGCGCCGUCCGAGGUCGAAAUGUCCAGGCACACCACUGACCACUGCUGCCCGUGUGAUGUGUAUUCUCGACGCCGCCGCCAGACGCCACGCCUUCCAGAAGCAUUCGACGGGGGCGCCAUGCCGUGAUGGAGCCUUUUUUUCCUGCAUUCUACCCGCUGCACGCUGACAUUGGCGGCAGCCUCCUGCUUCUUCCAGCUCCUUCCUCGCUCCUGUGCGGUAUGUC